UUUUCCCCUCGAUCAAUAAACAUUAACCUCCCGCCUGCAUCUGCGGGCCACAAAGGGAAACAAGCAGGUAGGGGAGCCACUCUGUGAGCUGAGAGCCCAGAGGAUGUGGUGAGCGCCGCGGACAAACUCGCAGCUCAACUCGAGUCAGAGGGUUGCUGGAGAACACGGCAGCCCUGGCGCUCAGCAGCCCUUCCUGGGAGAGCGCGGUGGGUGCUGCAAGAGGGAGACUGGCUUCUGGGAAGAGGGUACAUGGGCUGCAUUGAAGUGCUGCGCUCCAUGCGCUCCCUGGACUUCAACACGCGGACGCAGGUCACCAGGGAAGCCAUCAACAGACUGUACGAGGCGGUGCCUGGGGUGAAAGGGGCCUGGAAGAAGAAGGCACCCAACCGAGCCCUCUUCUCCAUCCUGGGCAAGAGCAACCUGCGCUUCGCCGGGAUGAGCAUCGCCGUCAACAUCUCCAUCGACGGGCUCAACCUCAUGAUCCCCACCACCCGGCAGGUGAGUCCCCGCGCCAUCGCGCCCCCGCCGGGCUCUGGGGAGCUGCGCGGCCCCUAG